AUGGGUAUCCAGUUUGAGCGACGGCUACCAGUAGCGCCUCGCCCAUCCACCUUUGUUGAUCAUGUCCCCUUUGGUCGCAAGCUUACAGAAAUCGCCGGCACGCUGAUCAUGCUCUGUCAAUCGGUUUUGAUCGCUCUGCCAGCCGUCCUCAUUGCCGUCAUGAAGCGACCGAGCCUGCUCUUGGAUAGACAGCAGCGCAGGCGUAUCGCUUUUGGCUCCAUCUGGCGCUAUUUCGGUCCCAGCAUCGAUGACUUAUACAGGCCAUACAAGACCGAAUUGCUCGCCAUGGCAGAAGGUGUCGUCAUCGAUAUUGGCUCGGGCACGGGCCAGAAUCUCAAGUAUCUCUCGCACGACAAGAUCACUCGACUAGUCCUGAUCGAGUUCAACUCAACAAUGUACCCUGCGCUGACAAGGAGCGCAAUUGACGCUGGAUUCGAAGGCAAAUUUGAGAUACUCGGCUUUGGCGCAGAAGACGCGCACAGGAUCAAGAAGACGACAGGUCUCACGCCGGGCUCGGUGGACACUGUGAUCUCCGUUCUAGCGCUGUGCGGGAUACCUCAGAGUCAAGAAGUCAUUGACAGUCUGUAUGAAUACCUCAAACCUGGCGGACAAUUCUUAUUUUUCGAGCAUUGCGCUUCACCACACGAGCCGACGCUUUUCUGGCAGCGUCUCAUCAAUCCUAUAUGGACACUCGUCAUGGACGGAUGCGAGCUAGAUCGGCCGACAGGAGAUAUGAUCAUCAAUCAUGAAUGGACAGAAGCACAAGUUUGGCGACUACCGAUAGAGUCACGCUUCUCACUCAGUCCAAAGGAAGUCGGAUUUGCGCGCAAAUGA